GUGUAUUGCGAAGAUUUAAAAACCCCUUGAGGUUCUAUCACAUCACAAAGAACUUCCAAUUUGACACUACUUUCUGUAGAAAGGAAUACCUUGGAUAGUUUAGAUUUAGAAGCAGUAGUGAAAGAAUUUAUGUCAUUGAAGCAAGAAGAGGUGUUCGAAUUUAAUUUGUACAUUGGUUCAUAUGGUAGUCAAUCAGAUGGAGGUAUUAUGAAUGCAUCACUUUUCGGGAAAGACUUACUCAAUUGUACGCUAGAUUUACCUGAUGACUCGCCUUUGCCAGGGUCUAAUGUACCUGUGCCUUUCUACUUGGUAGGAGAUGAAGCUUUCCCACUUCGACCUAAUUUAAUGCGACCAUAUAGUAAACAACGAAAUGGUCCUAUGGAUCAGACUGAAUUAAUUUUUAACUAUCGGCUUUCCAGGUGUAGGCGAAUUAUAGAAAAUACCUUUGGCAUACUUGUGUCACGAUUUCGAAUUUUCCAUCGAGUAAUUCAUUAAUUACAGCACCUGAUACAGUCGACAGUAUCGUAAAAGCAUGUGUGUGUUUACAUAAUUAUAUUCGAGCUGAAAACAAUCCACAUUAUUUCGAUAAAACUUCUAUAGAUAGAGACAUAAAUGGCACAGUUAUUCCUGGUAGGUGGAGAACAGAAAUGCCAAACGAAAAUGCGUUGCAACCACUUACUUCAAUACACAGAAGAUUAGGUUCAAGAAAUUCAUCUCAAAUUGCUUUAAAAGUGAGGAAUUCCAUAAAAGAAUAUGUUAACGGGGUUGGAGUACAAAUAGAUCCAUGGC